ACUGCAGAACACCCUGGCUCAGUAUGGAUUCCCCCCGACCAACAUGCAAGCUAUGCGGAUCCGGACCAGAAGACACUACUCACUUUAUAUCUCACUGCCCCGCCCUCUCCUCUGCCCGUAUUCUCCCGCCUCUGCUGGCGGCCUCCGACCUAGCGCCGUUAUUAGACUCAGACCCGAACGGUUUUGCGGAACACAUCCUGGGAAUUCGCUGGAUCGAGGAUCCGCCACUUCAG